ACAGUAUAAAUACGACCCUGGUCUGAAAACCAGGCUUCAGGAAACAGCCAGGAUGAGGUUUGCUGUUCUCGUUGUCCUUUUUGCCAGUGCCUACGGGUGUGGCCUGCCUACCUUUCCCCCCGCGCUGAAUCGAGUGGUUUCGGGAGAAGACGCGAGACCUCACAGCUGGCCCUGGCAGAUAUCUCUCCAGUAUGACGACAGCGGUACCUGGAGUCACAUUUGUGGAGGCUCUCUGAUCUCAAGCGACUGGGUCCUCACAGCUGCCCACUGCAUCAAUACCCGCUACAGCUACAGGGUGGAGCUGGGGAGGCACAGCCUGGAGGAGGAGGAGGAGGAGGGCUCUUUGGCGGUUGCCGUCGGCAGGAUCAUCGUCCACCAGAGCUGGACACCCAUCCUCAGCCGCAACGACAUCGCCCUGAUCAAGCUGGAGACCCCCGUCACCUUCUCUGACUCCGUCAUGGCUGCCUGUCUUCCCGAGGCUGGCUUCCUGCUGCCCCACAACGAGCCCUGCUACGUCACCGGCUGGGGACGCAUCUCCACUGGAGGCUCGCUGGCUGACACCCUGCAGCAGGCUCUCCUGCCCGUGGUGGACCACGCUACCUGCUCCCUGCCUGCCUGGUGGAGCGUCCUGGCUACCAGCAGCAUGGUCUGUGCUGGAGGAGACGGGGUGGUGGCCGGCUGCAAUGGAGACUCUGGCGGCCCCCUGAACUGCCAGAACCCUGAUGGCUCCUGGACGGUUCACGGUGUGGUCAGCUUCGGAUCUGGAGAGGGGUGCAACAUCGCCCAGAAGCCCACCGUCUUCACCCAAGUCAGCUCCUACAUAGACUGGAUCCACAGCACAAUGGUCACCAACUAAAAGGAACUAACUGCUGAACUAUAACUCUGGUUUACAAGUAACAGUACCUAUCAAAUUCACAUUUGCACAAUACUUGUGUGACAAGUUAUUCUGCCUCGACAAUUGGUAAAGAUCUCAUAUUGUACUGCAUUUCUUGUCAUGUAAUCAGUUUCAUGUAACACAAUAUAAUAGGCUGUUCAGAAAACUAUAGCAUACUGAGUCAAAAUAGAACCAAUCUGACAUCAAAACAAGGGAGCACUUAGGAAAAGAAAAUGAAUCCACACAGGGAGCAAUAACUAACGUAGAAUUAAUUUCCUGUAAAAUUCUUUGAACUGGGGUGUGUAUAUAGCUAUAUACUUUGAAUAACCUUGAGGCCAAAACUAAUUAACAAUAACAAAGCCAGGAGGUAUUAACACUAAUUCCUAGAACUAUCAUCAUUCAGCUAAACAUUAACCAAGAUCGUCAUAAGGUGAAAGGUUUACACAUC